AUGUUCACAUUUGUAUAUAUACAGACCAUCAAGUUCUUAACCAGCGUUUCGGGAUUGGACGCGAACACAGCCAACCUCGGCCAGAUGACACCAGACGACAUCCUAAAUCGAACCCAAAGGAGCCCGAGAGACUCAGAGAUCCACAAAUAUCUUAAAAUGAAUAAGCUCGGGAGGCAGGAAGAUUCCCAUGACAAGUGGCUGAAACAAACAAAAAGCUCGCUGAUGGUGGUGGCCAUUCUCAUCGCAACCAUAGCUUUUCAAAUCAUGGCCAAUCCUCCGAGUGGCGUGUGGCAGGACCACGAGGAUCCCACAGAACUACAAAGCCCUGCGCCCAACGCGGGCCCUCGUAUGUGGGCCGGUGAAUCCAUAUUCGCGUGGAAUUAUACAGAUAUUUACGAAAUAUUCUCUGUUGUGAACACACUAGGGUUCUUUGUCUCUCUCAGCAUCAUACUGCUGCUAGUGAGCGAGCUGCCGUUCGGAUCAAAAAAGUUGCUCAUGUGGCUUCUGAUAGGGAUGACGUGGUUCGCCAUCAUAUCCAUCUCUGUGGUGUACGUAUUUGCACUUUUCGCUGUUACGCCAGGUCGAUCGUUGCUUUCAUCGAGCGGUAAUGUGGCAGUCUGGUGCAUGAUCGGGUGGGCUGGGUUAAUUGUCCUGAUCGUUAUUAGCCACGGUAUCCGUUUGAUGCUAAAGGCAUGGAGGAAGAUAUCGGGGUUGUUCUCCAGGGGACCAACAGCCACCACAUUGGUUUGA